GUGAAGGUGGUUCAAUUGGAGCACUGCCUAUGAGGAGCUGAAAGUGAAACAUUCAGAGCUAUGGGAAUUAAAUUGGACAUGAAUGGUUUACUGGUUUUGGUUUUGUGCGCCUUUUGCUGUAGCGUGGUGGCCAAACCACCGACAGCUCGGCGGGCACAGCUGCACGACGAUGUCCAGCUCAUACAUCCUCACAUCAUCACCAUAGAGCGUUUAGAGAAUCUGCUGCGGCGUGCUGGGGAAAUCUUUGGGCCGGCUCUAGAGGAAGAUGCCAUGGCGGAGGCCAGUAGUCAGGUGAAGGAGCAAGUGCAGCCCCAGCAGCGGUUGCUGCCGCCAACGGAGCAGCCGUAUAACUUCUAUUUACCUCUAUACGACUUUGUGGAGCCUAAGCUGGAUGCCAAGAGCCGAAUGCUGGAGAAGAUUGCUCCUCCGCCGCAAAAGACGGAGCACAACUACUACGCGGAAAAGCCAAAAAAGAAGCCAAAGAAGUUUAACGCUGCCAACAAGCAUAUCAACCUCAAUCUCAAGUGGCUGAACACCUAUGAGAGGGCCAUGGGCGGAGCAACUGCGCCCAAAGCCAUGUAUCUAGAGCAGGACGAGCGCAACCGAAUAAACUUCGACGACUCUUUCUUUGCAGUGGACAUGCAGGUAAAGAUUCCUGACAAUCAGCCCCACAAGGAGUCGGCUGCGCCCACAGAGCUCUUGCAGCAUGGUGAAGAGCAGGCCGAGGAAGAUCUGAUGGCGGCUCCUGCGCAGUUAGCCUUUAACUUCAAGUCUCCAGUCCAGGAUGAACGUCGAACAUAGAUUGGUUUUUUUUCACUAUAGGUUUUAGUCAGUUGUAUAAAAAAGCUACAAUAAAUGCACUU